AUGGAUUUCUCUCGACCAAGUUCUCUCUCCAGUCUCUCGCAGGAAGAUGAGAAAUUUCUCACCAGCCAACCGAUGAGUCCUCAGACUCGACCAGUUGACUUCUUCCCUGUGACCAAAGAACUUUUUGAUCCUCUUUCCGACAACUGGACAUACGACAACGCAACCGAUCUUUUGGCCUUGAAUUCCACGGCCACUGAUCCACUUUCUUUUGACGUGUUUAACAAGUUGGUCGACAAAGAGUCAAAGGGUUUCUUUAUGGACCCUUUUGCCAUUCCGGUUGGGAUAAAUGGGUGCACAUUGCCCGUGGCGGAGGAUAGCGCUUCGGAGUUUGAUAGUGACGAUCAAACAUGGUCUUUCAAGCACCCGUCCUUCGACUCAACCACAUCUGAGUCUGAGCCAUCCGUCGCCCAAGUGAUGAAGACAGUUCCUCCCCAAUACAAUGCUCAUCCACAAAGUCGGGCCUCCUCUUCAGACUCAACGAACCAGAGUACACCAAAUCACAAAUCUCGCAGUCCAUCGGAGAAUCCUUCUAAUCGCCUGUCUACCGGCAAUCAGGAUCCGCAGACACGCAAUGCCGCCAAGCGCGCCGCCCACAACAUCAUCGAGAAACGUUACCGCUCAAACAUGAAUGCAAAAUUCAUUUCGCUGGAGAAAUCCAUCUCCCCCGCAAGUAUUCUGAAGCAUGGCCCCAAGGGUGGGGCGAGUUCUUUGAAGAAAUCCGAGAUUCUCACAAAUGCCCUCGCCUAUAUCGAGAACAUGCAGCAAGAAAACCAGGCUGUGCGCAAGGAAUUGGGCUUGCUGAAACAGAAUCUCCUGCCGGGAAGGCAGUGGCAGAAUUCCAAUCCGUUUUGA